GGCACGCUGGCAGAGGUGGUCUGCGAGGGGGCUGCGAACCCGGCCUUCUCAGUAUGCAAGGGGCAGCUGGAGGGGGACAGCUUUGUCUGGCAUCCUCCCGGGCCCCUCUGCCCCAACACCUGCACCUACAACAACGGGGGCUGCCAGCAGCUGUGCCUGGGGGCACCUGGGCAGCCGUCAUACUGUGCUUGCCAUCCUGGCUACGUGCUGGGCCCCGACACGGCCUCCUGUCUGCCUGAGGAUGCCUGCCACCCCAACCCCUGCCAGGGGGCCUGCCAGCCCCGGCCUGGAGGCUUCGAGUGCAUCUGCGAGGCUGGCUACGUCCUGGCACCUGAUGGCCUCCACUGCGAGGAUGUGGAUGAGUGCCUGGAGGGGCCCUGCAAGCACGAGUGCCACAACACGGCCGGCAGCUUCUACUGCUCCUGCCAGCCCGGCUACCAGACUGCAGGGCCUGAUGGCCACGACUGCCGUGAUGAGGAUGAGUGCGCCCGGCCCGACGCCUGCCCGCAGCUCUGCCUCAACAUCCCUGGCUCCUUCCGCUGCAUCUGCAACAUCGGCUACCAGCAGCAGCCUGGCAGCGAUGCCUGCCUGGACGUGGACGAGUGCCUGCGAGACCCCUGUUCUGGGUCCUGCCACAACUUCCCCGGCAGCUUCAAGUGCACCUGCCCGCCUGGCUUCCUCCUGCAGGACGAUGGGCACGGCUGCCUCGCUGCGCCCACCAGAGGAGAGCAGCUGGCAGGCACCGUGGGGACCACUGCCAUCCUCCGGACCGCCAGCACCGCGUGGACCCUGGGCACCCCCAGCCCUGCAGCCGUUCCCGGUGGGUUGACACCACCAGCCCCCACGGUGGUGGGGUCAGAGCACAGCCCCGAGCAUGGCGCUGAUGGCCCCCGGCUGCUCCUCUACUACAUCCUGGGCAGCCUGGUGGCCAUCCUGCUGCUGCUGGCCUUCGCCCUGGCCCUGGUGGCCUGCAGAAAGAGGGCGGCCAGGCAGGAGAAACCAAAAGCCAAAAGCGCGGCGGACAACUACUGCUGGGUGCCCGAGCAGCCCGAGAGCCGCAGCAGGGCAGGCAGUGAGCUCAGGUAACAGUGCCCACGCUGUGGGGCUGCAAGCAAAGGAAAUCCAAAGUGAAGUGGGGUGGGUGAUGUUCUUUCCGAGAUGAUUUUGCAUGCCUUCGUGUCUGAGAGCCUGUCUUGGAGCUUUGGGCAAAGCAGCAGGAUCCCAUCCCAACUCCAAGGCAGGUGCAAGUGUUGGGUGCGUGGAUAUGAAGGCAGCCCAAAUCAUACUGGGAGUGUUAGCUGAAAUCUAUAAACCUCUGCUUCCCGAUGUGAAGGGUUAAUGGGGAAGGAGCAGAGAGCCUGAGAUAGAAUGGUGUAGGGGUUCCCUGCCUGCACUGCUCCUCAGCUCUGCAAAACCUCACCGGACUUGGAAAUUGGAGCAAAGGAGAAUACUGAUUUGGCUUCCUAAGAGAAAACUAUUAAUCUCAUCUGUCAUUCGGUCUCCCCUUCUCAAAUUUAAAUUGUGGAGCUUCCAAAGCAGCAACUUCCCUGCUCCCCCACCACCAAUCCCUUGUCAUUCAAAAAAAUAUAUAAGUUUAUGACUGUGCCCCUCUCCUUACCUACACUGCAUUCUGCAGUCUGCCGUUCAACCCCCAUGUUCCUCUUGUUCUCAGUGAAACAGGCUUCACAUUUUGAAGUGUUUCACUGUGACAAGAGCCAUUAGCUGCAGCCACAAGCAGCUGGUUUUCAUUGUUGAUACUUUUGUUGUUGUUGCUUUUUAGAAGAUGUCAUUACAGAAACCACAGAAUAAGCAUUUUAGAAGUCCAGCAGCAGAAAGACCCUCCAGCGAAGCAGGAGCUAGAGGGGUGGUGGGGCUUCAGAGCUGUUUGAGUUAAGCAUGUGUGGGGUCUGGGCUGAAUGCUUUCUCCAUCCACCCCUGUAACUUGAUGUUGUAUGUUCACUAACUACUGUAUAAAACCUCUAAACGCCCUUCAAAGCAAAUGCUCUCUCAGGGCGAAGUUUCUCCCCCACCUCAGUCUCAGUCCUGCAAAGAAGAGGGAAGACACAUCUCCCUCUGGAUUUGUAUUGCUGGGAAGCAGCAAGAGAUGGAGCUGCUGGCUGACAGAGAAACGGGAGCACUCCCAGCAGUGCUGCAUCCUGAUUGUCCCAAUGCAGGCAAGCACCUUUCACCCUAGCAGCAAGGAGGCAGCUCACGGCCUGCAUUCAUUUGAAGGGUACAUCAGUUUCCUGAAGAUUCUGCUGAUUUUAUUGUAUACUUGAGGCUUAAUUGCAACAGAAAUGGGAACUGAACACAAAGGAUUUUGCUGUGGGCAUUGACCUGCAUCCUGUUCUUCCGCAUGUGGAAGAAACCCCUUUCCUGCUGUUCUUUCUUCUUCAUUCCUCCAUUGUAAAACAAAACAAAACAGGAAAGUGUAGCUCCUAGCUGAUAGAAAUGUUUUUUUAAUGUUCUGCUCGUGCUUCCUUUUCUCCACGCAGUGGUUUGGAGCAGCAGCAAAUGCAGCAGUGGCGUUCUUGGAAGUCCUGCAGAAAAUUCAUAGCGUGUCUUUGUUAUGACAACAAGCCAGCAGAGCUUUCUGAAUACAUGAAUAAAUUAAGCAGAUGAAUAAUCCCACCCAAAUCAGUGGGAUAACCUACAUACAUAGCAUGAAGCCUGCAUAGUCGGUCUGCACUAACUCAGGGUCUGUAUGGGGAAGGAGCAGUCACAGUGAUGUGCCCUCCAGUUCAGGGCUGCUGGGUUUGCUGGAUCAAAAGCCGAGGUGUUUUCAAAACAGUAAUAGUCUCAGGAGCUUUUCUGCCACGGUUUUCCUAUUAUGGUAUCAUUUAAUUGUUCUACACAGAGCAGCGAUUCCACUCUGAGAAAGGGAAAAAGAAGCAAAAGCGCAGGCUCAGAGCAGGCAAAAACCUGGGAGUUGUUCAUUCCCGAGCCCCUCUAUAAAACAUGCAAUCUUGAUUUCUGUUGCCCAAUUGGUAUGUUCUGGUGCACAUACUGCACCAAUGUAGCAGAUCCUAUGGCAGGAAGGCACUAAUACGUGCUUAGGUUCAGUGUGGCUCUUCCAAGCAGAAUAUUUCCUGAUGUUGCUUCCUCCAGUCUGGUGCUGUUCCACUUGGAUAAUCCUAUCUCCCUUUCUUUCCUCCAUGAAAGCAGCAGGGACAUUUCAGUGUGUCCUCAUCAGUUAUCCAGAGCCCAGGGUGAAAACCUUGGGCUAAAGCAAACAGAAUGGGAUCAGACAGCUCAGUACCCCUGGCUUACAGUCAGGAGAGAGGGAAUGCUCAUCAUCGCUCUGUCUGCACACACCGAGCAGGUCCUAUAACCAUCUCACUGUCAGGAUGGCAGGACUGGCCAGCCAGCACAUCCCAAAUGUUUUGAAGUGUUUUUUUCAACUGUUUACUGUUUAGUAUUAUGGCCCAAGAAUCCAGACAUUCCUCACCCUAUGUAAAAACUGCACGUCAGUACUGAGUUGUGCUUUGUGAUCCCCAGAACAGUGGCACAGCACCACAGCUGUUGGCUGCCUUCAACUGAAAGAAGAAAGUUCUUACAUGCUAAACAGCACUGUAUGUUGCUUUUCUGAUCAAAAACCAAUAAAAUCUUAAUGGAACAUG